CUUCAAUUCAGCUAUCUGAUUGGUCGAAACCAAAAGGUAUCGAUUGAGCUAUAAACAGAUGUCACGUGAUUCACAAAAUGGCGAUACAAUGCGAUUUUGACGCCCUUUCAGUCCUGUUGCAGGCGUCUUCUAAAGAUGUGGUAUUACGGAUCUGUAACGAGUCAUUUAUUAACAGAGACAAACAGCAAUAUUCUGAAAGUGUGUUAGCCAGUGUGGGGGAUGUCCUCUCUCUGGACACAAACAAGAGUAGACAGGUAAGGUGUAGGGAUGUCCUCUCUCUGGACACAAACAAGAGUAGACAGGUAAGGUGUAGGGAUGUCCUCUCUCUGGACACAAACAAGAGUAGACAGGUAAGGUGUAGGGAUGUCCUCUCUCUGGACACAAACAAGAGUAGACAGGUAAGGUGUAGGGAUGUCCUCUCUCUGGACACAAACAAGAGUAGACAGGUAAGGUGUAGGGAUGUCCUCUCUCUGGACACAAACAAGAGUAGACAGGUAAGGUGUAGGGAUGUCCUCUCUCUGGACACAAACAAGAGUAGACAGGUAAGGUGUAGGGAUGUCCUCUCUCUGGACACAAACAAGAGUAGACAGGUAAGGUGUAGGGAUGUCCUCUCUCUGGACACAAACAAGAGUAGACAGGUAAGGUGUAGGGAUGUCCUCUCUCUGGACACAAACAAGAGUAGACAGGUAAGGUGUAGGGAUGUCCUCUCUCUGGACACAAACAAGAGUAGACAGGUAAGGUGUAGGGAUGUCCUCUCUCUGGACACAAACAAGAGUAGACAGGUAAGGUGUAGGGAUGUCCUCUCUCUGGACACAAACAAGAGUAGACAGGUAAGGUGUAGGGAUGUCCUCUCUCUGGACACAAACAAGAGUAGACAGGUAAGGUGUAGGGAUGUCCUCUCUCUGGACACAAACAAGAGUAGACAGGUAAGGUGUAGGGAUGUCCUCUCUCUGGACACAAACAAGAGUAGACAGGUAAGGUGUAGGGAUGUCCUCUCUCUGGACACAAACAAGAGUAGACAGGUAAGGUGUAGGGAUGUCCUCUCUCUGGACACAAACAAGAGUAGACAGGUAAGGUGUAGGGAUGUCCUCUCUCUGGACACAAACAAGAGUAGACAGGUAAGGUGUAGGGAUGUCCUCUCUCUGGACACAAACAAGAGUAGACAGGUAAGGUGUAGGGAUGUCCUCUCUCUGGACACAAACAAGAGUAGACAGGUAAGGUGUAGGGAUGUCCUCUCUCUGAACACAAACAAGAGUAGACAGGUAAGGUGUAGGGAUGUCCUCUCUCUGGACACAAACAAGAGUAGACAGGUAAGGUGUAGGGAUGUCCUCUCUCUGGACACAGACAAGAGUAGACAGGUAAGGUGUAGGGAUGUCAUCUCUCUGGACACAUACAAGAGUAGACAGGUAAGGUGUAGGGAUGUCCUCUCUCUGAACACAAACCAGAGUAGACAGGUAAGGUGUAGGGAUGUCCUCUCUCUCAAAACAAACAAGAAUUGACAGGUAAGGUGUAGGGAUGUCCUCUCUCUGGACACAUACAAGAGUAGCCAGGUAAGGUGUAGGGAUGUCCUCUCUCCCAACACAGACAGGAGUAGACA